AUGGCCUACUUCCGAAAUUUUUUCGGAGGCGGCGGCAGCGUCGACCCGGAUGACAAUGGGGCCGAGAUCGUGGAACGGCUGGUUGAGAGGGUUGAAACCUGCACGGCGCUCGAGGAUCGCCGGGAUGCACUCCGAGCUCUUCGAAAUAUGGCAAAGAAACAGCGCCUCGCCGUCGGAACGCUUGGCCUCGGAGCGUUUAUGGAAAUUUUAACGAAGGAGCGCUCAGCCAUCGAUUUACUCUCACUGACUUUAGAGGUGCUACUUUUCGUGCUCAUCGGGGACGACGAUGCGCCCGAAGAAGACGAGCUUGGCGAACGCCUUGCAGAGGUUAUGCUCAAACGGCCGGAAUUCAUUGCGGCCGUCCUGUCGACGCUCGAGCAGUUCGAGUUCAGCAUCAGGCGGGUGUCUGUGCAACUCCUCACUGCGCUGCUUCGUCAUCGCGGCGCCGAAGUCCAGAAUGCUGUGAUAGGACAGCCGAUGGGCGUCUCCAGACUCGUUGACUUGAUUCAUGAUAAUCGCGAGGUUGUACGUAACGAGGCGAUCCUCCUGUUGUGCGAACUAUCGAGGGCUCAUUCCCAGCUGCAACAGCUUCUCGCUUACGAUAGCGCCUUUACCAUCCUGCUCGACAUUGUGGAGAGCGAACCGAUUGACAGUAUUGUUAUCGAGGAUUGCCUGUUCGUCAUUCUGAAUUUGCUGCGGAAAAAUCCGAACAACCAGCAGCUGUUCCGAGAAAAUAACUUAAUCGCUCGUCUCGGUGGCCUACUCCACAAUUUCGUAUUUCCCGAAGAAACUGACGAGACCGCUGAAUGGGCCAAACAACGUACUGCCAAUCUGAUUUUUCUGUUUCAGGUCAUACGUGCUCUCGUGUCUCCGGAUAACUUACAAGAGAACAUCCACGCCGCUCAAAAAAUCAUGCACCAAACCCAAAUUCUCAGCGAAUUAUGUCGGGUGCUGCUUUCCGAGAUUGGCGUCUCUGUGGAGAUCCUUACCGAGACUGUCAUCGCAGUUGCCGAAGUGAUCCGCGGCAAUUACGUCAAUCAGGAAUAUUUUGCGAGCAACAGCCUUCUCACGACAGACGGCAGCCCUCGACCCGCCCUGCUUGUGCUGCUCCUCUCAAUGACUGCCGAACGCCAACCGUUCAAACUCCGCUGUGCCGUCUUCUACGCCUUCCUCUCUUACCUCCACGACAACGAGUUUGGCAAGACAAAGAUUAUCGAAACCUUGCUCCCGCAAGCCCAUGCUCCACCAGAUUCACUAUCGACCGGAGGGCUUGUCAUCCAGGCGCUUACCUCUUCGGAAGCUGUCCAAUCGUGGUUUGGUUCGGUGUGCCUGUUGCAUUGUCUUCUCGACGUGGACCACCUCGGCGAACAGCUGCUACGUGUACAGUUCUCGAUGACCGUCGACGAACAACCGCAAUUGCUGCUCUCGCAUUUGAUUCGCAUGCUGAUUUCCCUCGGUGUGCGCCGUCCUCAGCAACGUGCCGGAUUGCUUCAGCUUCUGGCUGUGUGGAGCUUGCGUACGCCUUCGGUCGUCGGGAAAAUCUUUGCCGACGGCGAUUUCAUGAACUACCUCACCACGCAUAUUGUGGAAGAAUGCGGGGAAGGCAGCGACAACGAGCAGGCGGUGGCUCGUGGUUUGGCGGCCACCCUUCUACUGAUUUUGCUUCAAAAUGCGAGCGACGAGAAAACAAAAUCGUCGAUCGACGCUCUGGUGAAACGUCGCGUUGGUGCUACUGUAAUAGCUGAUGCCGUUGAAGGAGUGGCCUCCACAGAGCCCUACGUCCGUGCGGCUCAAAAGGCUCAGCCGCUGGCCAAACAGCCCGGAGACCUCUUCCUCGACCACCACUUUAUCAAGAUCUUCAAAAACAGCGAGCAUAACUUGGUCCGAUUGGUGCGCUCGAAAGAGGCCGCCGGUGGUCCCACCAAUGACGUGAAAAUUAUCGAGUCGUACAAGGAUUUGAUAAAACGACAAGACGAAGAGAUAUCGGUGCUGAAGACCGACUACAAGCGGUCGAAAGAGGAGCUGGAAGGGUUGAAAGGGCAGCUGUCUUCCGUUGGUCAGCUGCAGCGCCAACUCGCCGAGGCGAACGCCAAAUUGGAGCAGAAACAAAGUUCGGCCGUCAAUACGGAGCAGCUGCAGCAGCAAGUUGCUCACUUGACCGGCAUCAACCAACAAUGGCAGGCCGAGGUGGAGAAGUACAAGGGGUGGGCCCAGCAGUGGCAGACGUUCCAGAUUGGCCAGCUCCCAAAUGGCGGCGCUGACCACGCUGUUCAUCAACUGCAGGCCCAGGUCACCGAGCUGGAACAGCAGCUCGGCUAUGGGUAUCAAGCGUAUGAGGCGCAGGCGCAACAGAUCCAACAGCACAUCGCGGCUGCUCAGUCCUGGCAACAGCGCUCUGAAGCCUUUGAGGCCGAGGUGCAGCGAUUAAAGGCGGAAAUUGAACAGCAAAAAUCCAACGGCCCUACUACCUAUAAUGCGACGGUCAACGGACAUGCGGCUCAUGAUGGAAAGACCGAGGAAGAGUUGAAGCGCGUCAAGGAAGAGCAAGAAGACCUUCUCGUGCUGCUCGCCGAUCAGCACAACAAGCUCUCCUCUUACAAGAAGCGCCUCCGCGCCCUCGCCCAGCCCGUCUCCGAGGACGAGGACGACGAC